AUGGUGAAAAAGAAGAAGCCCCAGCUGAAGAGCAGUGUGCAGCGUGGCUUUGCUACGACGUCUGUGCCGAAGCGAGAGACGCCUACGACCAAUGAGCGCACAAAUGACGCAAUAGCGUCGGGAGCGACGAAGCAGCGAGAAGCGGCUGAGUCAAGCCACCCUCAUAGUCAUCCUGAUGGCCAGAUGACAGCAGUCGCAACGAAAAUGACAGAUUCACACAAAUCAAAGGGGCCAACAGGCGGUGAAGAUGCAUUUGAUCCUGAGGCUGAGGAGUUGCAGGCGCUACAAAACAUUGUUCAGCAGGUAUACCCCAAAGUAGAGAAGGAGACGCAGCGCCGAGGAAAGACAAUUCAGUUUCAGCAACGCUUCUCCAAGACACUUUUGCCAGUGUCGAUGGAUGCUGAUGUGUGUGCUGAGACACUUGCGCUCACGCGCGAUGGACGUGAGCCCAUCACAAAGUGCGAGGAAGCGACAUUUCUGGCCGAGGAACGCGGCGCCGACGGCAACAAAGACAAUGGCGAUAGCGAUGGUCGGAUGAUCCUCCAGAAUAUGCUCGGCAUGUCCAUGCCUGAAGAGUCAGAGGCGAAAGCUCUGGAGCGUGCUCUGACGACAUGGGAACUGCUUCUGAGCUUGGGAUUCUCGCGCGAGCAAGCGACAUUAGCAUUGACCUAUGCGCCCAAUCUGGAUAUCGAAGAAUGUGUCGCCUGGCUUGUGGCACAGCUCGACGUGCGCACAUAUCGAACCUUGUCGCUGAAUGUGGAUGCGCCACAAGAGUACGUGGCGCCCAAAGCUGCAUCAAUGGACGACUCGAUUCCUCCUAUGUAUGACGGUUACACAUUUACGCGUGCAGAGCAGAGCGAGAUGGGGUCAUUCGCAGAUGACGCAGAGAAAAAGAAGAAAAAGAACGAUGCAUCCAAACUGGUCUCGGCUGCAAGUCUUGACGCAGAGACGCUAGAUGCGAUCCGACGUGGCACAGAGACCGUUGUCACUUCGUUGAAUGCGCUUCUUGAUACAGACGAUGCGCUACUGGAUGUCAUUGAACACCCUAUCGAGGCCUGGUGCACGGCGCGGAUCGUGGCUAUGCAGGUGGACAAGGACCGCUCGCGACGACGGAAAAUGCUCGGCGGCACGCCUGACGAUGAGUUGGCGCAGUUGGUCGCUGAGGCUGAGGCGCAGAGACAGCUUGAUCGCCUUGCCGCGCGUACGAAGGAUGUGAUGCAGCAAAGUGAGAUUCAGCCACAGUUCCACCGAACGUUGGCAACGCAACGUUUUCGCGAGCGGAUGCGGCAGCGGGAGGCCGAAGAGGCAGAAAAAAUGGCUGCCAUACAACGAGAAGAAGAGGCAAAGCGACAAAGACGCUCUGACAUUGAGCAGCUUGAUGAGCAAACAUCGGCCGGCCGCGGCGACGAGGUGGCAAAUGCAAAUCGCUAUGAACCCAGCGGCACCGAUACUGAUGCGGACGCCCACGGCGAUGCGAAAGACAAUGCACCCGAUCCUGCUGAUGACGAUGAGGCUGGGGCUCUGGGCGACUCUGCUGGUCUCUUUGAGCAGCCAGACGAGCCAGGAAGCAGCGGCGCCACGGGCGAUGUCAGCGUCCGACUUCGCGACAUACCUGCCCAAAGCACACAGCGUUCGCCGCGCUCUCUGCUGACUGAUGUGCUCAAGGCCGUGGACCCAUAUGCACAGCACAAAUUCACUCUCGUGUCAGGUAAGUCGGCCGUGCGAAGUCAGCUGCAGAUCCAGUGGAAUGCGAGUGGCGGUCGACCGCCACUUGUCGACACGAUCAAGCUCACAAAAGAGGGAUGUGCGACACGGGCACUGGCUGAUGAUUACGUUGCUACGAUUGCCCUAAAUUGCUUCGGGCGUGAGCGCCAAGUGCAAAGACACCUUUCCAAAGGCUUUCGGGACAUUUGGGACGAGCUGGAGCAAAUGCGGAUGGAGCAGAAGCAUGCGUUUCUCCGCGACGAGGUGCUGCAUGUCCAGCACCUGCUUGAGCACCGAAACCGAGCGAUGCGUGUUCCCGAGACGGAGCAGGCGCUGAAACGAGACUCGCGUCGUGCGCAACCCGAGUCAGAGCCGGCAUCCACGCCAUCAGUGCGACGUUCCCGAACACGAGAGGCCCAGCCGCAGCUCGCCGAGAUGUGGGCACAUCGUGCAUCGUCCAAGGCAUACGAGCUGAUGCUGCGUGGCCGACAAGACUUGCCGAUCUACCAAGCUCGCGACACGAUCCUUCAGAGUGUUGCCACGUCCCAAGUCGUGGUGCUGAGUGGUGAGACGGGAUGCGGAAAAUCCACGCAAUUACCGGCCUACUUGAUGGAAGACUGCCUCGCGCGUGGCGAACCAUGCAAGAUCUAUGUGACGGAGCCACGGCGUAUUUCGGCCAUCUCGCUAGCUGAACGUGUGUCGCAGGAAAUGGGCGAGGCGCCCCGCUCGGUCGGCUCGUCAGAGAGCCUUGUUGGGUAUGCGAUUCGUCUCGAGAGCCAGAUCGGAGCUAAUGCGCGACUGAUUUAUGCUACAACAGGUAUUGUGUUGCGCAUGCUUGAGUCGUCUGUGCUAGACGAUGUGACGCACAUCAUCGUGGACGAAGUGCAUGAGCGGUCCAUCGAGUCGGACUUCUUGCUGAUUGUGCUCAAGACGCUCAUGCACGAACGGCCGGAUCUCAAGAUUGUGCUCAUGUCGGCCACGUUGGACGCUGAGCGCAUAAGCGCCUACUUUGGUGGCUGUCCCACGCUGGCAGUGCCGGGAAGAACGUUCCCUGUCGAUGUGCACUAUUUAGAGGACGUGUUGGAGUUGUGCGACGACUAUACACUGGAUCUGAACUCGCCGUAUGCACGGCAGACAGAGAAGCUCAACAAGGUCGAAGUGCAAGAAGAUGUGGAUGGCGACUUGGUCGAUGGUGAGGAGGAUGACGGCGACAGUCAUGACAACGAGGACAAGGCUGCGAGCGAACGCAAGAAGCUUGAUGAUGCAGGCGCCGUCUCACAAGUGAACGGCACGACCAAUGGACCCACUCCACGGUACAGUGCCAAGACCAUCGAUACACUUUUGCAUUUGAACGAACACAAGAUCAAUUACGAACUGCUGACAGCGCUACUGGAGCGUAUCUGCACGGAACCCAAGUAUGCGUCCUUUAGCCGUGCGAUUCUUGUGUUCCUGCCGGGCAUGGGCGAGAUUCGCGAGUGUCUCCGGCACCUGACGGAGCUGCGGCGCUUCCAGACCGAGUGUCAAGUGCAUGUUCUGCACUCGAGUGUCGCGACAGAAGAGCAAAGCGCCGCGUUCUUGCCCCCACCAGAAGGCCAGCGCAAGAUUGUCCUCGCAACAAACAUUGCCGAAACAGGUAUCACGAUUCCCGACAUUACAUGUGUCGUGGACUCAGGUCGGCAUCGAGAAAUGCGGUAUGAUGAAAAGCGCAAAAUCAGCCGCCUUGUCGACUGUUUCAUCGCGCGCAGCAAUGCAAAGCAGCGGCGCGGACGUGCUGGACGUGUGCAGCAUGGAAUCUGCUUCCACCUCUUCACCCGCAAGCGGCACGACGACUACAUGGACCCACACCCGGUGCCCGAGAUGCUGCGUCUCUCGCUGCAAGAGCUCGCUCUGCAGCUGAAAGUCAUGCCACUGCGCAUUGGGACCAGCAUCGAGAAUGCACUCGCUCAAGCUCUGGACCCUCCGCUCGCUGUAAAUGUGCAGCGAGCUGUAGCCUCGCUCGUGGAAGUCGAGGCGCUCACACCCAAUGAGGACAUUACUCCUCUCGGCCGUCAUCUGUGCCACAUGCCGCUGGACGUGCACUUGGCCAAGUUCCUCCUCGUCUCUGUGCUGCUGGGCUGUGUGGAUGCAGCUCUAUCUAUUGCAGCAGUGCUGAAUGCCAAGUCGCCGUUCCUGAAAAGCAUGGGCCGCGAGACAGGCCGCGGCCGCUCGGCCUUCCAGACACAUGACAGCGACUUUAUGGCCUUCGCGCAAAUGUUCCACGCAUGGCGCGCUGCCGUCGGGCGGCAUCAGGGACAGUCGUUUUGCACGGCCCAUUCGCUCAGCGCCGAUGUGCUGUACCAAAUCGAAGAGCUCCGUCAGCAGUACUUUGCCUAUCUCGUCGACACGGGCUUUGUGCGUGUCGAGGCCAGCGUGCGGAAUGACCUGGCCAGGCGCCGCGCUCGACACGGGCGGCCCAAGCUCAUGUCCAUCCCUGAGCAUCUCGAUGUGUACGGACAAAGCGCGCCUGUCGUCACACUUGCGCUUGUCACGGCCAUGUACCCAAAGCUGCUGCAGGUUGAUGAGAAUACACAGCAGAUGCGUACGCUCUUGAACAAUCAGCCGGCACUCGUCCAUCCGUCGUCCGUCAAUGCACGCCGUGCGCUCGGCACAACAUCCACACACUUUGUGCUGUACCAUGCGAUUGUGUACUCUUUCCGGCUAUAUGCAUGGGAGACGGCCGUCGUCGACGAUCGAAUGGUGCUUCUCAUCGGCGGAGAGGCCGAGUUCAAGCACACGAGCCGCAGCAUGUACAUUGACCACAAUCGCGUGCGAAUGACGACGUACGACGCGCCCUCUUUGGUGGCACUGCGUGUGCUUCGCACGCAGCUGCGUGAAUUAUUCCAGGCGUCGUUCCGUUCACCAGGCCGACCUUGGACAAGAACACAGCACCGAAUGAUGGAACUUGUGCUGAAGUCGUUGGGCGUGCCAGUCAAGCCGCCAUUGAGUACAUAG